CAUGUAAGAUGAUCGAAGAGGGUCCUGGGUCUCAACACGGAGGGCAGGUCGGCCCAUUGUCAGGGGGAAUAGGAAUGAUGACAAAACAACAGCAGGAUGAUUUAGGGCAGCGGCCGCAGUAUUCCAUGCCUGGAAUUCUACAUUUUUUGCAGACAGAAUGGGCUCGAUUCGAGAUGGAGAGGUCACAGUGGGAAGUGGAACGGGCAGAACUUCAGGCAAGAAUUGCAUUUCUCCAAGGAGAAAGAAAAGGACAAGAAAAUUUGAAACAAGAUCUGGUUCGCAGAAUCAAGAUGUUAGAAUUUGCCCUAAAGCAAGAAAGAGCAAAAUAUCACAAGUUGAAAUAUGGGACAGAUUUGAAUCAAGAGGAUCUCAAACCUCCAUCUCUGGAUAGGAAAAACGAAGAUGAAAAUAUGGAUGGAGAAGUGAUAACACCAAACAGCAAUGUGUCCUGGCGACAGGGUAGACAACUUCUUAGACAAUAUCUUCAAGAGAUUGGAUAUACAGACACCAUCAUCAAUGUCAGAUCGGCACGAGUGAGGUCUUUACUAGGUCUCCAAGGAAAUGCUGUAGAGAAUGAAGCUGAAGGUGCCCAGCCAGCCUUAGUUAAUGGAGAGCCUGCUGCCUCGCGCAACAAUGAUCAGAGCAAAGCAAGACCAUCUAAGAAGGUACCAGUUUCCCUUGUGGAAGGUGCUCUGAUGGAUAGUGAAGCCUCAGUCCUAGCUACCCUAGACUUUCUAGGCACAGAAAAUGUAGUGGAUGAUGAUGAUGAUAACCUCAGUGAUGAAAAUGAUGAUGGCAUGGCAGCAGACGAUGAACAUGAAGUGAGAUUAGCAACAAAAAGACAAAAUAUCAAGGUGGAUGAUCUGACUGGGCUGGCAGAUGACCGUGAUGACGACCCAGAAACAGAGGAGGCUAUGGCAGAGUUUAACUUCCUUGUGGCUGAAAGUGAUGAGGGAGCUGGAGAGGCCCGUAGUCACGGUGAUGGCCCAGACUGGGAGAAGAGGGAUAUAGAGGAAUGGGACGUAGACCAACAGCUUAUUUCUAAACUCAAAGAGCAGUACACAAAGGAGAGGAAAGGAAAGAAGUCAAGACCUAAGAAAUCAACAUUGCAGGCCAUGCUUGCUAACCUUGGCAACGAUGAAGAGCUGCCCAACUCCCUAGGGGCCGCGGCUAGCUCGCCUCCCUCCAACGCCUCAGUGUCCGGGAAUAGCAUGCCAGAAAUAGAUGACAUGGGUAUGCAAGGUGGUGGUUCUCUACCAUUCAACAACUCUGGUAACAGGAAACAGAUCAUAGGUUCGGGGGCUGAGGAGGAAUCCCUUGAGGCCUUGGGACUGGGAGAACUUGCCAGUCUCACCGUCUCAAAUGACGCUGAUCCUCUCAGUUAUGACAAUAUUUCUACUCCAAAAGAAGUUUUUAGAAAAACAUGGAAUGCAAAAUACACAUUACGAAGUCAUUUUGACGGUGUGCGUGCUCUAGCAUUCCACCCAGUAGAACCUGUGUUAAUAACCGGAUCAGAAGACCACACUUUAAAGUUAUGGAAUCUACAAAAGACAGUCCCAGCCAAAAAAGCUGCGUCCUUAGACGUAGAGCCAGUGUACACCUUCAGGGCCCACAUUGGCCCUGUACUGUGUCUGGCUGUCAGUGCCACAGGUGAGCAGUGCUUCAGUGGUGGCCUCGACUCCUCCAUCAGAUGUUGGAAUAUACCAAGUUCCAACAUUGAUCCGUAUGACUCAUUUGGUAAGUAUUGCACAGAGCCUACCGUGCUGUCAGACACACUUCAGGCCCACACAGAUGCUGUGUGGGGACUGUCAAUACAUACCUCCAAGAUGCAGCUUUUGUCGUGUUCAGCAGAUGGAACUGUUCGGUUAUGGAGCCCCGGAAGUAAAACACCUCUGCUCAACACAUUUACAGUUGAUGAUGAAGAUGGUGCUCCAACCUCUGUUGACUUUGUGCGUUGUGAUCCAAGUCAGAUGGUGGCAUCCUAUUCUUCCUCUAAUACAUACAUAUUUGACAUAGAAAAUGGGAAACAAGUCCUCAGUUUAGAAACAAAGAUCAACCAAGAUGCUGGAGUAAGUAAUCAGAUCAACAAAGUGGUCAAUCACCCAACACUUCCUGUCACCAUCACUGCACAUGAAGACAGGCACAUUAGAUUCUUUGACAAUAACACAGGUAAAAUGAUCCAUUCAAUGGUAGCACAUUUAGAUGCUGUUACUAGUUUAGCUGUUGAUCCCAAUGGAUUGUAUUUGCUAUCAGGAAGUCAUGACUGUUCAAUAAGGCUGUGGAAUUUGGACAGUAAGACUUGUGUGCAAGAAAUAACUGCCCAUAGGAAGAAGUUUGAUGAGUCAAUAUAUGAUGUAGCUUUCCAUCCAUCGAAGCCGUACAUAGCCAGUGCAGGGGCAGACGCCUUAGCUAAAGUGUUUGUAUGACAGGAGAGAAUUUCGUAGAACUAUUGUAAUAAGACAAAUCUUCCUUUGAAAGUGUGAACUGCCAAAGCAGCUACCAGGAGAACUAGCGCAGGCGAGAAGUUACAUUAACACAUAAUCAUUUGAUUCAUCUUCAUUUUCAUUGUCGUCACCUCAUUUGUUGUGAGAAGAUUGGACCAGUGAACACUGGGAGGUGGUGAGCCACAGUGGAAGAAGUGUAUGAUAAUUAGUGUACUAUAAGACUUCAUGAAAACAUUCAUAACAAAUUAUUUCUUACCUGUAUUUACAGUAAGUGCAAAUUGUAUUAUGUGUUAACCCCUGCAUCACACAUGGAAGCUGAACAACAUUGAGGACCAUACUCAUCAUGACUGUGUAUUUACACCAGUGAACAGUAGACGUCCAUGUGUAGUGUUUCUGUAUGUAGAGGAUAGUCAGCACCUGCUGUUGUUGCCGUACAGCUUUCUCUUGUAUGAGAAGGCACCAAACAACUACUACAUCUUGUAGUACACUCACUAAAACUUGUUCCAAAUUCUGACUUUGCAGCUUAUGUAUCUUUGCUUCAUUCACUAGUGCUAGACAUAUCUGAGUUGUGGGCAUCAAAGUGGAAAAAUUGUUAUUGCUUCAUUUAAAUAACAAGCUUUAAGUUUAAGUAAAUUUGAAACUAAACUAUAUAGGAAUAUAGCAAAAAAUGAAAAUGAUCAGACAGCAGAAUACACAUUUUAAGGUAUUAGGGAAAGUUUUUAACAUGAUUCUGUAAUAUUUCUUUGUAUCUACCUCCUACUUUCUAUAAAUCAUGGCUGUAUGAUUUUAUAAACCAUAUCUUGAAUCGAACAAAAGGUGUAGAAAUCCUCAAUGUGUGCAAAUGUAUCAUGUGUACAUAUAUAAAUACUUGCGUGUGUGAAUAAAAUGAAGACAUCACCUUCAUGAAAUCGUCAUAACGGCCUGGAUACCUGAUUUGCAGUUGUGGAAAUGUAAAUUUAAAAACUAAGUAAAUCAUGCAAUGUAGGUGCUCAAGGCAGCUUGAUCCCUAGUGUUUCAAUGAAACAGUUUGGUGUCGCCAGGCAGACACUACCAAUUAUACACCAACAGUUUGUUUUUAGUGCUUUUUUCUUCUUUAAAAGUAGACUGUGAUUGAUCUUUUUCCAGUGCAGGUUUAUUUUCAUGCCAUGACCCAAAACUUUACAAAAAGUGUAUGGUAUUUUCACCAUUCAGACAUUCAAAGAGGUUAGUUAGUGUUGAAGGGAUGUCAUAUUUAAUGUAUAAAGCUUUAUUCUUCCAAUAUUUAACCAAAUUGUGUUGGUUAAGUUCAUAGUGAAACUGAUCAGCCAUUGGCCUACCUGGAGAAGGAAAUAACAAAAAAUGAUCACGAUAAACAUAUAAUUAAUUUGAUAAUGUUCUCGUAUCUUAUUUCUACCUUUCAUCAUAAUAAGUGUUAGCUGAUGCAAGAUUUUGGUGGGAUGUUGGCUCCAUGUACCUGUUCCAUGAUAUCACCAUCUAUAAUCAACAGUAUGUCUACAAACUGAAAGUGAUACAAAUAAAUUGCCCCAAUUUCAAUUUGUUCAGUUUCCCCUUGAAGGGACUGAUUUCAUGUUAGAGAAAUAGCAUGAUUUCUUUAUUUAAAUGAAAAGGGGAAUGGCACUUAUUUUCCAUUUCAUAGUAAUUCUGUGUGGAUGUUAAUUGGUUAUCCAAAUGUCAAUCAUAUUUCCUGUCUAGGUCUUCAUAUGGGAUUCAUGAGGGUCACAGGGGCCAAAAUUUUGAAGAUAGUGGUCACAAACUGUUAAAUGUGCCAACAUGGACAGAUCUUUACUUGUGUAAAAUAAAACACUGAAUGGAUGAUUAUGCAUUGCUUUAAACUUCUAUUAUACUGUAACAUUUAACUCGAGUAGCAGUGUAUGAUGAAGUGUUGACAAUAACUGAGAAAAUUGUAUUAGAAUCAACUUGAUAAGGGGAGUGAUUGUGAAACGUAUUAAAACUAACUAAGGGGAAUGAUUGUUAAACGAUGCAAUUUGAUCUGCACAUGUUUUUACCAAUAAACAUGACAUUUCAGGUUACUUGAAAUUUGCUCAGAUCAUUUAAUCUACAUUGGUAUUUAGUUUUAACAAGAAUACACUAGCAGUAACAAAAGUCAUCAUGUAUAUUAAUAUAUGUACAUAGCUAUUGUAGGUAGAUACACAAAAUUAAUUGGGGUGUGUAUGAAGCCUGUUGUCAUAAUUAUUGAAAUUAUUCAAGAUUGCAGGUACUAUGUCAUCAUAUGAGCUAGAUUAUAACCAAACAUAAUUAUAGACAACAGGUUUUUCUAAUAUCCAUAUCAAAAUAAUAACUAACAAUGUAGAAUGUGACACAUUAAUAUCUUGCUGGUAGACCAUCAGUAUUGUACCUUACUGGUGGCUGUAUAAUUACCAAUUUCUUAACAUGUUAUGAUUAUUUUAAAGUUCCCCAAAUAAUUUGAUAGCUUUGAAGAAUAUUGAGAAAGUAAUUGUUAAAAACACUAACUUAAAUACUCAGCAAUUUCUGUAAAAUUUCAUCUGUUUCUUGAUUUGUUUGUUUUGACAUAGAAACAAAGGUAUCAUUAUUUUCUUGGUUUUUAAUAGAAUGACUUCAGACCAUGCUUAUAUAUCAGUGAGAUCUGGCUUGUUUUACAAGCAUAUCUAUAUUGAUAGUGUUUUCUGAUGAUGUAUCUAAAACUGUUCAGUUUGUUAUGCAGUGUGGCUACUUUCUGACAAUAUUUGUAUUAUAAUUUCACUUUUGUAAGUAUGAAAUCAAGAUGAUCAGAGAAUCAUGAUUAAUUCUAUUGUCCAUUUAGACGAGGGUUUUAUUUUAUUCAAGAAAUAUUAUGAUAGAAAGACAAUGAAAUCUUAAGAAAAUGUGGAUGAUAAUUUAUUCUUGAAUAUAAAAAAAUCCCCAUUUCCUUUCUGUCAUGUUCAUAAGUCUUCAUACUGAAAAGGUUUUGGUUAAUUGCUGGUAUUAAAGUUAGUAUAUAAAGAACAUACUAUAUUAAGGGAAAAGAUGAUAAAAGGAUUUCCUGCUUGCUGUAUUGUUAAGAUUUUAUAUGGAGGAUUGUUCAUACUUCUAUUGUCAUUUGAUUGCAUCAAUUUGCUUAUCAAGGGUCAUAGCAGGGAAACAUUUUUUUCAAGAAUAUUGGUUCUAUAAUGUUUUAAAAUCAGAUUUGUAUAAAGUUUCUGUCAGAGCUUAGUCAACAAAUUUGAUAUUGAAAUGAAUUGCUAGGAUUGUCUUGCAUAAUUGGUUCACUACAUAUCUGAUAAACCUAUGUCUGUGUUUGCAAAUGCAUUAUUGGAUAUAUAUAUAUAUAUACAUAUAUUCACUUAUGUACACAAAUGGAAAUGAGUCUUAACAUGUUGAUGUUGUGUGUGCGGUGGACAAAAAUGGAUGGUGGCUAUAAAGGUGUUAAUCUGACACUACUGCCUGAAACGGUUUAUACAGUAGUUACAGCAGGGGUGUCAUCCUCCUAAGAAAUUGCAAAUUCGUUUGCCUUAGAUUUAAGCAGAUUAUUAUACAUAGCGCUGCUUUAAGGCAGAUACAAUUAAAAGACAGUUGAUUGAAACAAAGAAUCUCUUUAAUCUCAAUUUGAUUUGAGAUCUUUUAAUUUCAAUACUCUUUAUUUUAUGAAUUCUGUGAAUUUCACAUACAGAUAAUUCUCCUUUCUUGAAUUAAUUCUUCUAUUGCAAAUGAAAAUGUUGAUAAUACAUUUAACACUUAAAAUCAAUGAUCUGAAAACAUGACAUAGCAGUGAUAUUAUAUAGUCCAGUUUAAGGUAUAUUGUACUGGAUAGAUAAGUCAAUGGGUGUCAAUGUUUAGGUAAAAUAAUUCACUUGCUUAGUUGUCCUAGUGAGUUGAUAUAAUUUGUGAUGUGCCAAAGUCCAGGAGUAGAUAUUCCAGUGCAUCUAUGUUCCUUCCUUAUAUAGUAGUAUUGUAUUUUGACUCACAAUCCAUCAUUCAGAAGACUUAAAAGUUCAUUCAUGUAUUUAAGUAUAUGAUAUAUUUAUAUAUCAUUUUAUUAUUAUUUUUUUCUUUUCUAAAAUUCUAAUCGUAAAAAGGGAAGUUUUCUACGGGAAAUUAAAUAUUGAAAAGGGAUGCUGAAUAUUUUGUAGACUAAUGGGAGAUUUUACAUGUACAUGGAAAUUAAUUCUGAAAUAAUUCAAUAUGCAGCCAUUUAUAUACUGCUAUGGCUACAAAGAGCCUGGUAUGUUCAUGCCAAGGAGCAACACCCAUUCGUCAGUGUUCUAAAGGAAUCUUCUUAGAUAUAAAUGGAAGUCGAUAGAUUUUGGUAUAGAAUUGUGGUUAUUUUAAGUGUGAUUCAGUCAGAAUUCAAAACCAUUAAAAAUCACUUAGAACCAGAGCAAUGGAAAAUGAAAUUCCAAACAGAUAUACAAUUUUAAUCAACUUGUGGUCGCCAGUGAUCAUAAUCUUGUUCUUAAUUCAUAAAAGCAAUAAAUGGUCAACAAACAGGUGAGCGAAUCAGACCCUUUGGGUCACUUGUUCAUAAAAUUUAUAUAUGCGAGAAUAGGUGUCAGAACAACAUAUUUUUAUUAUUCAAUAUUAUUCAUUGUGUAUUUCGUAACGAAUUGAAAAACGGAAGACAUAAUUGAUGAAGUUCAUUAUUUAAAAUUAUUUAUGCAUACUUAUAACAUGUACAGUUUUGGUUUUGUCAGAAAGAGGUUGUAGUAAAUUAUGUAGCUGUAUAUAAAUUUACUAGUCAACUGCCAUUAGAGUGACUCAAGCUGUAAAUAUAGCAUGAUUAGAUGACGCUUGUGCUGUAAAUGUAUACGCUUGCAUGUUUAAUAUGUUACAGAUUUACCUGUUUAAACAGGUGAGGUUACAGGUGAAACUAUUGUCUUUUAAAUACCAUCGUUGUCUAAAUAAUUUAUUUCUAAAGAUAAUCCAGGAAAUUCUUAAUAGUCUUUUUGAUAUAUGAUAAUACAAGAAAACAAAUAUAUAAAUCCUUUUAAAGAUUGUCGUUUAAAUGUAUAUUGUGGUCUUCUUAUUGAUUAAAUUAUAAAAUGAGGUUAAAGACAAGGGAACAAAGGUUAUCAAAUAGAGUUAAAUAAUGAAAUCCAUGAUGUAAUUGAGUUAUUUGAUAUGCUUUGUUAAUAGAUCCCUAAUAUGUCUGGGGUAGAAUGGUCGCCCACGGUGUCUGUAACCAUUGUAUUGUCUACCGCCCAUCACCAUUCUCCUGUGUCUAUUAUGUCUGCCAAUAAAGAUUCAUUUCUACAAUA